AGGCCCCAUUACUGUGCCCAGUUAAUAACCUUUUCUGUUAUAAGUCAGUAGGUUUAUCGUACGGUUAACUUAGCUAAAACAUAAAUCAAGAAACACUAAUGAUGUUAGUUAGGAAUUUUUGCAAAAAUUCUGUGAUACACAUUAGACGGUAUUCUGUAGAUGCUUUGACAAAGAAGCCGAAAAUUCUAAUCACAGGUGGACUAGGCCAACUAGGAGUCGAGUGUGCCAAGUAUCUUCGAGGAAAAUACGGCACCGAGAACGUCAUACUAUCCGAUAUAAUAAAACCAACAAGCGAUAUCGUCAACGAUGGCCCUUAUCUUUUCGUAGAUAUUUUAGACUUUAAAGGGCUUCAGAAAAUUGUAGUGGACCAUAGGGUUGAUUGGCUAAUACAUUUUUCAGCGUUACUUAGCGCAAUAGGGGAGCAAAACGUUCCGUUAGCAGUCAGAGUCAAUAUAGAAGGAAUGCACAACGUUAUAGAAUUAGCAAAACAAUAUAAACUUAGAAUAUUUGUGCCAAGCACGAUAGGAGCGUUCGGUCCUGAUUCUCCUAGAAACCCUACGCCGAAUGUAACUAUACAAAGACCUAGAACAAUAUAUGGUGUUUCUAAAGUACACGCGGAGUUGCUGGGUGAAUACUAUUUCUAUAGAUUUGGUUUAGACUUCAGAUGUCUGAGGUUUCCUGGAGUUAUAUCAAGCGACCCGCCCGGCGGCGGUACAACAGAUUACGCUAUAGCAAUUUUCCAUGACAUUCUUCGGAAAGGGCAAUACGAGUGCUACUUGAAGCCGGACACGAGGCUUCCAAUGAUGCACGUGAAGGAUGCUCUCAGAGCAUUGUCGGAGUUUCUAGAAGUACCCAAUACGAAGCUUAUUAGGAGAGUAUAUAAUGUGACCUCUAUGAGUUUUACACCUGAAGAGCUAGUGGACGCCAUGUCGCGUCAUGUAUCAGAUUUGAAGAUUACUUAUAGACCUGACAGUAGGCAAGACAUUGCUGAUUCAUGGCCGCAAGUGUUUGACGACAGCGAAGCACGCCGUGACUGGAAUUGGAAACCAGAAGUAGACUUAGAAAAUCUGGUCAAACUUAUGAUGAAAGAGGUCAAGGAAAAAAUUGCUUUGAAUGGUGUAUAACGUAUAAGUAGACAAUGUUUAAUAGAUCCCGUUUUGGUGUUCGAAUAGAUUAAAACAAUAUACCUAAUUAUGCAGAUACUAAUAUUAUUAAUAGGCAAAGGACUCUACACUAAUUGAUAUGAUACAACAGGGAACUGAGCAAGUAAUCACUUUGUCAACGGACUACUAACUUACAAUUAUUGCAUAUCACUUUGUCGAUACCGUACUAGAACAGGGAUGCUGUCAAGAUCAUGCAGUGGAAGUUAACAACAGUGUGAGUUGUGAGUUACGUCAAGGGAUGUUUUGCUAGUUACUGAGAUGCUAUAUCAAUGGGCAUAAAAAGUACGAAACUAAUAAUUAUCGCCAAUAGCAUUAGUGUUUAAUUAACAGUACAAUCCAAGUUUGUCGUAUGAACGGCGAAGUUUGUUUGACUCUAUUUUCUCAUUUAGUCUUUCGUUUAGGUCCUUGUGCUGUUUUAUUUAAGCACUUACCAUCUGUGAGACAAACGUUUUCUGGUUGUGAAAAAAAUACCUCAAAAAUAUACGAAUUAAUAUGAUUAACACAUUA